AUGGCUUUCCUAGAUCCGCCACCUGGGCUUGAAGAAAAGGCUAUCCGUAUGACAUUAUCCGACGUUAUGAAAGUGCUCGACGAGUACAAGGCUGGUGGAGAUUCUGAAGACAAUACUGCUCCAACGGCCAACUUCUGGUUCGUUACCAUCACUCAAGAACCCUCGAAGGAUCCGAACGGAACCCCAAAUAGUGGCAGAGGCUAUACCACUCAGCUAGAAAUGAUGGAAUGGUGUACGAAGACGCGCGGAUUUCCAGUUCAAGGAUACGUCCUACCGGACAUUGACGCCCUGAAGCAGCUCCUUUUUGUUUUUAACAAACAUCCUGAGUGGUUCGGACUCUAUGUACCAAGUCACGAGCGGUCUGAAUCAGAAGGUCUCGGAAUGAGCCGUAACAUGAGGAACGAGUAUGUCAGGGCUCAACAGGGAAGGCAUGCGAUUACUGCGGGUGAGCCUACGUUGACCGACACUGCUUGA